AUGCAUCUCACAGUCGCAAGUCUCUGGCAUAGUACCAUAUCUAGUUGUGGAUCAGUGCUGACAUCUCAUAGUUAUGCAGCUAUGUAUGAAGCUCGUUAUCGGGAGCUUGAUGAGCUUUGUCAAAGGUUACAGGUUGUAGCAGCACAACUAACAAAAGCUAUUGACAAACUGCCUCAGGGAGGGUGCACUGAUGCUUGUUCCCAUACCCCUCCAUCUGUGCCGUCCGAUCAGAGUAUACUACCUCAACAGGACAGCGUUUUAGCGACAGGCAGUACCAUUACUGACUCUGGAAGUAACGGUCACUCUCAACCACGUCCCAGUGACGCUGACGACCAACAUACCGACAAGAGCCAAGAGCAAGUGAAUAAUUCUGGAGAGCUCGGAACUCAAGCAUUUGGAUCUUUGGUCCACGACUCAUAUGGCGCUCUAAGGUUCGUUGGUGGCGCAAAUAAUGAGUUUCUGUUGCAGGCGGUUGAUAGUUUGACACUGUCACCAUGUCAGGGCUCCGAUGAUUCCCCUUACUCCGUCGGAAGCCAACAAGACACAACUCGGAUGAUAGAAAGACCGAAACCUGAGCUCCCCUUCUUUAUCCAUGGUCUCAGAUGGCGUGACCUACCCUACCUCCCCAAGGCAGAGGACAUGAAUCUACCACCGAAAUACAUGGCUGAUAUGCUAGUUGGCCUAUACUUCGAGCAUUACCACUAUACCUUUCCUGUACUUUACAAGCCGCAUUUCGUCGAAAGCUACAAGGGUUUAUACACUUCACCAAGAGGCUCUUUGCAGGAUAGUGGGUUCCUUUCGGUCUUCUUCGCGGUUUGUGCUUGCGCAUCAAGUUUGACUGCUCCUGACGGGAAUCACUCAUCCUUCCCUGGGCUUGAGUUCUACGAGAAGGCUCUGGUCUUGCACUGCGCUACCACUGGCCAAGCUACUAAGUAUCGGGCACAGUGCUUAGCAUUGAUGUCGAUGUGCUGUGCUGGUUGGAAUACUUUAUCAACGAGCUGGAAUUUUGCUGGUCAAGCUGUAAGGGCUAGCCAAGAACUGGGGAUGCAUUUGGAAAUAACAACGGCAACCACGGAGUCCUUAAGAACUCCAGCAGCUUCAAUUGAGGUUGAAGUCUGCAGAAGAAUCUGGUGGAGCAUCUACUGCUUAGAUAGAAUUACUUCUAUCUGUCUCGGCAGGCCAAUGGCCGCAAAUGAUAGCGAUUGCUCCUGUGCCUUGCCACUGCCACUUGCAGACGAGGAACUAGAUACGCUAUACAAUGUGGAGGGAACUUUAGACAAUGGCAUGAACCAACGAUCAGCUCUAUCGGGCUUCCUAGAUCUCAUUGGGCUUUGCAAAGUGUCUGGGGAAGUGCAAAGCAUUCAGUCGCCGAGUGAGAUAAGCGAACUUGGAAGUAAGGUUGGACAGAAGAGGGUUAUGGAUCUAGCGCUGGGGCAAGAGAGGUCAUUAGAUAUCUGGCUCAAAGAUCUUCCGGAACAUUUGCAAUCAUCGGAGAGUUAUUUCAUCAGCAUCAUGAGUGCAGGAUCCAAGUCUGAACUGUCGGUCCAAAGCUUGAUUAUACACGAUGGAACCCUCGUUGCUUUAUACCAUUCCAGGACCUUUGCCCGUAGAAAGCAUUCAUUCAGCCAGCGACAAACCGUAGAGAAUUGCGUAACCGCCGCCAGGAGUUGUAUUAAUAAUUCGAGGCAUAUCAGAGACUUUGUACCACCUUCCCACUAUCUAGCAUUAUGUGUGCACUACCUCACUAUAUCUGGCCUUGUCCUGUUACGAAUGACGAAGCCGGAGAGCAUACGAGAAGAUGAUGACUUACAGCUCUGCAUUCAGCUUCUAGGAGACUUGGAGGUAACCUGGUCCGGUGCUAACCGGGGGAAGAUCAUCAUUGAGGAGGUACUGCGGAGCUUUCAUGAUAACCAAGAGGGACAACAAAUGAACAUCGAUUUUCAGAUACUAUUUCAGAACCCCGAUCUUGAUCUGGCCAGCUUAGACCUAUCCCAGGGAUUCUUUGAGAACUUUUGGGGAACAUUUGUUUGA